AUGCUCCUGGGAAAAGAACAGGUAAAGUUUCAGUUAGAUUGUGGAGCCAGCUGUAACAUCAUACCUGUCAACCGGUUAAACCCAGACACACAAAUUGAAAAGACUGAGCAAGUGCUGGUGAUGUACAAUAAAAGCACACUGCACCCAUUGGGAAAAUGUAAAGUUAAACUAAGAAAGCCUAGAAACAAGAAACUGUACCAAUUAGAAUUCAUGGUUGUAGAUGAAGGGUCCGCAGUGCCACUACUGGGCAGCAGGGCAGUACAAGCCAUGAAUCUAGUGAAAGUACAGUAUGAAAACAUCAUGGCUGUGGAUAGCAUUGUCACCAAAGAGUAUGAGAAAAAUGGAAUAUGGAGCAUGAAUGAUAUCCGAAAAGACUACGCAGAUGUGUUCCAGGGAGAUGGAUGUCUGGAGGGUGCUUAUAAGAUAGAAGCAGACCCCACAGUAACCCCAGUGAAACUGCCAAAGAGAAGAGUUCCUGUGGCGAUGAUGGCACCACUUAAAGCAGAGCUAAGGGAUCUUCAAAGAAGAGAGAUCAUAACAUCAGUUGACUGUAGUACAGAGUGGAUCAGCAGUCUUGUUAUUGUUAAGAAGGCAUCAGGACACCUCAGGAUAUGCAUAGAUCCGAGACCACUCAACAGAGCUCUGAGAAGAUGCCAUUUUCCUCUGCCGACAAUAGAUGACAUAUUACCAGACUUGUCUAGGGCAAAAGUUUUCACUGUGUGUGACGUAAAAAAUGGAUUUUGGCAUGUGACAUUGGAUGAGGAAUCGAGCUACAUGACCACAUUUGCCACACCAUAUGGCAGAUACAGAUGGCUGAGGAUGCCAAUGGGCAUCAGUCCAGCACCGGAGGUGUUUCAACGUAAACUCAGCCAAGCUUUGGAAGGGUUGAGAGGCAUAUACGUCAUAGCAGAUGACAUCCUCAUCACAGGAGAGGGUGAGACAAUAGAAGCAGCAAACCAGGACCAUGAUGACAAACUGAGAGCACUUCUAAAUAGAUAUAGAGAAAAGAACAUCAAAUUGAACGCAGAGAAGUUGCAACUGCGGAAAAGUGAGGUUCCGUACAUUGGACAUUUACUUACCGCAGAUGGGCUCAGAGUGGAUCCCGAAAAGGCAAGAGCAGUCAGAGACAUGCCACGCCCAACGGACUUCAAAGGUGUCCAGAGGCUCCUGGGCAUGGUUAACUAUCUCUCGAAAUUCUGUGACCACCUGUCAGAUGGCUGUGAGACACUACGUCAAUUAACCCAUAAAGACAGUAUUUGGGAAUGGUCAGAUGCUCAUGAGCAGGCAUUCGCACGGCUCAAAGACGUCAUCACCAAAGCUCCAGUUCUCAAAUAUUACAACCCAGAUGAGCCACUGACACUUCAGUGUGAUGUGUCAGAGACUGGGUUAGGGGCCGCUUUACUUCAAGAGGGGGCACCAGUUGCUUAUGGAAGCCGGGCAUUGACACAGACAGAGAGAGGUUAUGCCCAGAUAGAGAAAGAAUGUCUUGCCAUUGUCUUCGGUAUGGAAAAAUUCCAUCAGUAUACGUAUGGGCGCAAAGUAACGGUACACUCUGACCAUAAGCCGCUGGAAAACAUAGUAAGAAAACCCCUGCUGAACACCCCAAAGCGCCUGCAAAGAAUGUUACUUAGGCUACAGAGAUAUGACAUCGAAGUCAAGUACAUCCCAGGGAAGGACAUGUUGCUAGCCGACACGCUGAGCCGCUCAUACUUACCGGAACACGCGUCAGAAAGUUCAGUGGAAAGGGAGAUCGAAAGUAUAAACAUGGUCCAGCAUGUAAAUAUAGCAGAAGAGAGACUCCAGGCCAUUAGAGUGGAAACUAGUAAAGACAGAAAAUUGCAGUCACUGAUCAGAUACAUUCAAGAAGGUUGGCCAAUGAGCAAAAAUGACCUGCCAAAGGACAUUGCACACUUCCAUUCAUUUCAGGAGGAACUUAGUGCGCAGAGUGGAAUUGUCUUCAGGGGGGAGAGAGUUGUGAUUCCUGACGCACUCAGAGGUGACAUUGUUCAGCGCAUUCACUCCUCACAUCUUGGCAUAGAGGGAUGCCUAAGAAGGGCAAGAGAAUGUGUUUAUUGGUUGGGGAUGAAUGAUCAGAUAAAGACAUUUAUAGGAAAAUGUGACAUCUGCAGAUCUAUGGAUGUGAAGCAGCAGAAGGAGACCCUGUGGUCUCAUGAACUACCAAGUACCCCAUGGUCUAAGGUGGGAACAGAUAUAUUCACUUUAGACAACAGAAACUACCUGAUCACUGUUGAUUACCUAUCUGAUUUCUGGGAGUUGGACUACUUACAUGACACACGAUCCACCACUGUCAUCCAUAAGCUGAAAUCACAUUUCGCAAGACACGGCAUCCCAGAUGUUGUUAUAUCGGACAACGGCCCACAAUACGCAUCAGAAGAUUUCAAAAAGUUCAGUAGACAGUGGGAAUUUAAACACAAAACAUCCUCCCCGGCCUACCCACAAAGCAAUGGGAUGGCAGAAUCAGCAGUAAAGACAGCAAAACGGCUGUUGAAGAAAGCAAAAGCGGAUGGGAAGGAUCCAUACCUCGCUAUGCUUGAUCAGAGAAACACACCAUCACAAGGGAUCAAAGCAAGCCCAGCACAGCGAUUGUUCAGUAGGAGAACCAGAAGUCUUAUGCCAAUGCAUGAAAACCUGUUACAACCAAAGGUAAUUAACACUCAACAAGGACAGAUUGAAAACAGGAACCGUCAGGCCGCAUAUUAUAACAGACAUGCAAAGGAUCUCAGUCCUCUGAAACAGGGGGACAAAGUCCAUGUCCAGCCUGAGGUGCACAACGACACAUGGAGGAAAGCGACAGUAGUGAAACCUGUGGACUACAGGUCUUAUGACGUUCAGCUCGACUCAGGGAACAUUCUGAGGAGAAAUCGCCGACACCUCAGGAGGGACAAAACCACAGUAGAGGAAACAACAGUGACUUGCCAGUCUGCAGAGGUUAACAGAGACAGGGUGACCGGCUCGCAAUUGAGCACAAUCAAUCCUGUUGUUUCUAUCACAAGGCCUGGGAGAAGAGUGAUUAGACCUCAAUACCUUAAAGAUUAUGUUAAGUGA